AUGGAGAGAACAAGUAAAAAGAGUCGUAAGCUUUCAAACAGAGAGCACAGUUUGCUCGCAAUCGAUAGGCUCAGCAGCUUGCCAGACGAAGUCAUAUGCCAAAUUCUUUCCUUCCUCCCGACAAAGCUCUCUGUGUCAACCUGCGUUCUCGCGAAAAGAUGGAGGUCUUUGUGGGCCCACGUCCCCGUUUUGGAUUUCCAAGCAAAUUUUUACAUAAACGAAAGAACUAAUGGAAUUUCUUUCGUAGACAAACCAACUAAUACAGACAUGAUCUACAAGGUUAUUCUGUGGCACAAAGCGAAAACAUUGCGUACUCUUCGGCUCAGAAGCAUGCAGCGCAACGAGCAUCAACUGGAGACAUUAAUCUCCGUUGCCAUUGACCGUAAGAUACAGAAUCUUUAUCUCGAGUUUGCCUUUCCAAAUACUUUAAAGUUGUGCAGACCCCUAUUCAACUGCAAAACCGUUGUUGACAUGAGGCUCGGUAACUGCAAAGGCUUCCCUUCGACUGGGGGCAUAUGUUUGCCUAGCCUCAAGAAACUUCAUCUUUCUAAAGUUGAGUAUAAGGAUGAUGAAGCCCUUUCGCACUUGCUUUCUGGCUCUCCUUUGCUCCAGGAGUUGAUCCUGGAUUGUGGGGUUUCAUGUAGUGAAAAUACCCUUAAUAUAUCAUCAUCGACGAUAAAAAUGCUUGAGUUGAAUCUUCGACUUAAUCAUGUAUGUGUCCCGGUGUUUAGGAUUUUAAUAGAUGCACCGGAAGUUAGAUGUCUUCGUGUGGGUAAUUGUGAUUUGGGUUGCAUCACCAUUCCAAUAGAUAUGAGCUCCUUGCUUGAGGUGGACAUGUGCUUUAGAAAAUGUUAUGCGUGGGAGAUUGGAAACAAUAAGGUUAUUGACAGAAUUGUUGGUUCAAUUGGAAAGUUUAAUAAUCUAACCAAACUUGAACUCCAAUUGGGUGUUAAAUUGCAUUUGCUUGUAGAGUUUCUAAAAGUUGCUGAUAAUCUUGAAGUCCUUAUUGCUGAUAUAGAAAUUCAUAAUUCCUGUAUGGAAACGAAACAAGUGCCUAAAUGCCUACAAUCGUCCCUAAAAACUGUAACAAUUAAGCAACAAGGUUUUGAAGAGCAUGAACUUGACCCGGUGCAUUAUCUUUUGAGGAAUUCUCAAGUACUUGAGAGAAUGGAAAUAUUACCCCGAAAAGUCAGAUCAACUUCGACUUCGAGUGGUUUUCUUAGAAGUGAUCUCACUCCAGCAUUCAAAGCGCUUAAGAAAAUUUCAAUGUUUGAGCGAGGAUCCAAGGCAUGUCAGCUUGUCUUCUUUUCAGAUUGUUGA